AUGUGGACGAAUGACAAAUUAAAAUAAAAUUUGACAAAAUUCUUCAUCGUUUUUUCUUUACAUCUCUUCUUAAUUUGUGGGACAUAAUUGCCUUCUUUCUCUUUGCAUACGUUUCGUGCGUUGAUAAAUUUUUCAACUUGUCGUCGGCACCGUUUUUUUAUUAUUAUUUUUUCAAUAAAAAUUUCAUAAGAAAAUUUAUUGCAAAACAAAUAUUGCAUUUAAACAAUUUGUUUAGUGUAAAAAGCGUGUAUUAAAAAAGUUAUAGUGCAAAAAUAAUACAAAUUGCAAAAAAAAGAAAAACCACACACACUUUCUCAAGUUGAGUGAAAAAUUUUUAGGAAAAAAAAAACAAGAAAAAAGGCUGGCGAAAAAAGGCAAUCAAAUUAGUAAGAACAAAACAAACGCCAGAAAAAAGUGAAAAGUCUUUUUUAGCGAGCGGGCCAAAUAAUUAUCAUCACACUCUACACACACAUUCAUUCAGUAAUAACAAGGAAAAAUAACAAUUUGUUGCAAAAAAAAUUGAUAAAAAAUAAUAAUUUACAACAGUUAAGAAAAUUGUGUCCUACAAAUUGAAACUGCUGGUGGCUUGCUGAAAAUAUUGUAAUAAUAUCUGUGCUGAAAACUUCCGGGUUAAAAAUAUUGCAAAAAAAAAAGCCAAUAAAAAGUUAAAAACUGCUUGGAAAAAGAGAAACAUAAACAAGCAACACAAAGCAAUUAACAGUGUGUGUCUGUUUUUCUACAAAAUAAAUCCAGUUUUGGGCAACACAACUUCUCAACAAUACGCCAGCAAAAAGCAAGCAACAUCAUCAUUACCAACAUCAACAACACUGUCAUUAUUGUCAACGAUAUUCAUUGCUCACCACCACUGCUGUUGUUGAAAGCACCGUCGUUGUAGUUGCUGUUGUUACUACUCCCCAUAGAAGAUUGGCAGGCAACAAUUAAAAAUGGCCGCAGUUAAUGAUUGCUUCAGUAUUGGAUCCACAGUGAUGUGCACGACCUGCUUCAAUGAGGAAUUUGAAGGAGAAGUGCUAGCAUUUGAUCACAACACAAAAAUGCUUAUUUUAAAAUGUCGUUCAAAGAAUGCUGAAAAUUUAAAUGACGUUCAUGUCUUGAAUCUAUCUCUAUGCAGCAAUGUUCAAGUGGUCAAGGAGUGUAAUGGUAACUAUGUUGAUGAUCCCCAGAAAUUGAAUUUGGAACAAUUGAAAUUACGACUACGCAAAACAGUGCAACAUCGACAAACGUAUCUCAAGUCGAAAAAUGCUGAUGUUAGCCCAGAGGCACAAGAAUUAUACAGAGUGAUUGCUAAGCAAUUUAAGCAUAAUGAAGUCUCUUGGCAAGGUUUAAAUAUACAAAUAUUUAAUGAAGUCACCAUAACACCACCAUAUAGGGCGGAAAACGUUGUCUCAACAUCAAAUAAUAAAAGUUUAUGCAACUAUAUUAAGAAAAUGAUUGAAAAUUUUAUUAUUAACAGAGCAUCAUCGCAAGAUAGUAAUGUUGUUGCUGUUAUGGGUAGUAGUACUUCGUCGGCUUCAUCACCAACAUCUUCAUCAUUGUCAUCAAGUAAUGUGGCAGCCGGUUCACCCGUGCCUGCUAAUUCAUAAUAAUUUAAAAAAAGAAAACAGUUUUAAAAAGCAAGAAACAAAAACACCAAGAACAACAACAAUAAAACAAAGUAAAAAUUUACAAAAAAAGAAAACAAAACUAUUAACUCUAAAUAUUUUUCAUUAACAUCCUGAAUCGAGCUUUGAACAAUAAGAAACCCCAGCAGAUCGGUUGAACAGUCCCGAACUACCUAUCCAACCUACAAUUUAUGAUUACCUCUAGCCACCAAGUGUCCAGGUGACUAGCUAUUUUUACCUACGAGAAAGUCAAUCGUCACUCAUGGUACACUAAAGGCCGAUUGUCUUCAAAGAGUACAUCCGUAAAGAAAGAAAACUAUGGGAUUUCAGUGUAAAAAUAAUGAUUUUUUGGGAACUUUCAGCUUAAGAUUGGGGACAUGAGUAAACAUUUUUCUGGCAACACUGGUUACUUCAGUUACUUUAAUAUUUUAGUACAAUAAAAGUGCCAUCUAUGUGUCAAAUUACCCUAGUACACA